CCCUAGAAGCUCUGGACCGCGCACCCGCUGCUGGAUCUUGUCCCUCUCACACACCCGGCUCCGGCACUCCACCCCUGAGAGUCCAGGCUCCACAACUGCCCCUCAAGGUCCCACCCUUCCCGCCGUAGCUCCACCCCUCACCCUCAAGGCCCCGCCCCGCCCUCGCGGGUUCCCCUCUCCGUAUGCCCUGGCCCCACCCCCGAGCCCUUGGGAGUACAUGGGCGGAGUUACCGCGCUGGAGAAGGCGUGGCCGUGGUGCCGGAGGAGGCGCGCGCCGCGGGGGUGGCGCGGCCCGGACUUUGGCUUUGACACGCACGGCGAGCGGGAGCCGUGGAGCUGGUGCUGAGUACUGGACGCGAUUCUGGCCGAUCCCGACGUCUGAGUGGAGCGCAGGACUUUUUCCCUGGAUUAAUGCGACUGCGGCGACGCUGCGAGUCCUGGUGCAGUCGCUAGCCCUGGUGCAGUCGCGGCUCUCAGAUUUAGCCGCCGCUGUCGCCUCAGAGCAGCUCUGGAGCUCCCGCCCGCUUCAGGAAAGCGACUCUGAGAGUUUCUCCAGCAGAAAGAACCGGGACGCGGGACCCGCGGCGCCGUGCAAGGGAUCCUGGGGCCCGGUCCUUGCCUGGUAACCGCACAGGCACCCGAGCUGAAGGUGACCAAAUGAAAGGUUCUUUUGGACAUACUGGCCAUGGAGAGUUAGCGUUGCCUGAGAACCGGUUCUCUGCCUGAAUCCAGCACCUUCCCUUCUGUGCCUCUAUGGUCUAUUGAGUUGAAUCCCUACCCAGAGAGUUCUUCUUGUAUAGUGAGGCCUUUCUGGGGCCGUGAUUCUGCCCAGCCAUGGGGAGCACCCUGGGCUGCCACCGCUCCAUCCCCAGGGACCCCUCAGACCUGUCCCACAGCCGAAAAUUCAGUGCAGCCUGCAACUUCAGCAACAUUCUAGUGAAUCAGGAGCGCCUCAACAUCAACACAGCCACAGAGGAGGAACUGAUGACCUUGCCCGGGGUAACACGUGCAGUGGCACGCAGCAUCGUGGAGUACCGAGAAUACAUCGGUGGCUUCAAGAAGGUAGAGGACCUGGCACUUGUCAGUGGUGUGGGCGCCACCAAACUGGAGCAGGUCAAGUUUGAGAUCUGUGUGAGCAGCAAAGGAAGCUCAGCACAGCACUCUCCCAGCUCCCUGCGGCGGGACCUGCUGGCAGAGCAGCAACCUCACCACCUGGCCACCUCUGUGCCUCUCACCCCGCGUGUCAACAUCAAUACAGCCACGCCGGCCCAGCUCAUGAGCGUGCGAGGUCUCACAGAGAAGAUGGCAGUGAGCAUUGUAGACUAUCGCCGUGAGCACGGGCCCUUCCGCAGCGUUGAGGACUUGGUGAGGAUGGGCGGUAUCAACGCGGCAUUCUUGGACCGGAUCAGGCACCAAGUGUUUGCCGAGAGAUCCAGACCUCCAUCCACUCAUACCAAUGGGGGCUUGACUUUCACAGCCAAGCCGCACCCAAGUCCCACCUCCCUCAGUCUGCAGAGUGAAGAUCUGGACCUGCCGCCAGGGGGGCCCACACAGAUUAUCUCCACUAGGCCUUCUGUGGAGGCCUUUGGAGGCACGAGGGAUGGGAGACCUGUGCUAAGGCUAGCUACCUGGAACUUGCAUGGCUGCUCAGUGGAGAAGGCCAACAACCCUGGAGUUCGAGAGGUGGUGUGCAUGACACUCCUGGAAAACAGCAUCAAGCUUCUAGCUGUGCAAGAACUACUUGACAGAGAGGCCCUGGAAAAGUUCUGUGCGGAGCUAAACCAGCCGAUCCUGCCCAACAUCCGCAAAUGGAAGGGGACCCGAGGGUCCUGGAAGGCCAUGGUUGCUGAGACACCCUGCACUCAACUCCAAAAGGGGCCUGGGUUCUCAGGAUUCCUGUGGGACACAGCGGCUGGGGUGGAGCUAAGGGAUGCUGCCUGGCAGGAGAGCUCGCCCAGCAAUGGGCACGGAAAGCCCACAGGUCCCAGCCCAUACCUCGCCCGGUUCAAGGUAGGAGGUAACGACUUGACCCUUGUGAACCUUCAUUUGGCAACCCUGGCCCUCCCAGGGGCUGAUAAUCCAAGCAAGAAUCACAGUGAUGGCCACCGCCUGGCUGGCUUUGCCCAGACCCUGCAAGAAACCCUGAAAGGGGAAAAAGACUUGAUUGUUUUAGGGGAUUUUGGCCAGGGGCCAGACAGCAGUGACUAUGACAUCCUGAGGAAAGAAAAAUUCCACAACCUGGUCCCCGCACACACCUUCACCAACAUCAGCACCAAAAACCCUCAAGGUUCAAAGUCUUUGGACAACAUCUGGAUCAGUAAAAGCUUGAAGAAGGUUUUCACAGGUCACUGGGCUGUGGUGCGAGAAGGCCUCACGAACCCUUGGAUUCCAGACAACUGGUCCUGGGGUGGAGUGGCAUCUGAGCACUGCCCCGUGUUAGCUGAACUAUACACUGAGAAGGACUGGAACAAGAAAGAGGGACCAAGGAACGGCAGCAGUGUCACGCUGGAGCGGAGUGAGGCCAACAUUAAGCAUGAGCGAUGAUGGCAACAAAUGGGGUUCCCACCCUCUGACCCCAGAGGGCACAGGCGAGGAGUCUGCCCUUGGGGGGAAAA